AUUUCCGGCGCAUUCUCUUUUUACGUCAGAGGCCCGUAGGCAUGGAUAAGACAACAUGAAUAAAGGCUGGUUAGAAUUAGAGAGCGAUCCAGGUAUUAUCUCAUAUAUUACAAUGCAUGGUGGGCUCAUAUAUUCAUUAUUAAUCCAGACACAGCUGCUUCCUAUAGACCUAGUGGUAUAUGUAGGGGCAUUCCAAUGUCCUGUAUAGCUCCCCUAUAGAAUCAUGCCCUGUGUGUACAGACAUACUGAAUGUAAUAUGUUUAAUACAGAAUGAACACUGCUUACUGAGUGCUACAUUGUUGGUAUAUGUAUUUAAUGUGUAUUAUUCAUCUCUGACACUACCCCUCUCCUGUUAAAAAGGGGUAACAUGUCAAACAUGGCAAUCAUUGGCAAAUUCCUUGUGACAUUUUUGUUUUUGUCAGCUGUAAUAUAUUUCAUUGACAAUAUUAUUUUGCUUUUUUUUUUUUUUUUUGUGGACAAUUUAAGUUUGUAUGCUACUGCACUGAAUGCUCGCAUCUUCAUGAAAAGAACAUAUACAGGAAUCUAUUGUUCCUGUAACCUAUUGUUAUUGUCUUAUUUUAUUGUUAAAUGUCCCCCUUUAUAAUAAUGUAAAGUGCUGUGGAAUAUGUUGGUGCUACAUACAUGCUGAUAGUAGUGAUAAUAAACUUUUAAAUAUUAUUUGUUCCAAAUAUGUAUUCCGAUCCCACGGUUUGUGUUGCUCUUUUAUUUUAUUUAUUUUUGGGGUGAACAUGACACACUCACCUCUAAUUAUUCUGGACUGCCUUUCAUACGAUGCACAGUUAGAUUUGCUAGUCAUGAAGGAAAAUUUUAUUUUUGGAAUAUUUGUAUUUUUCUUUUUUUUUACAAAUAUUUGUUGUUGUGUAUCGCAGCAAAAGAUUGUACGUUUUAAUAAACAUUAAAUGUGUUUACUCCACAAUGGCAGAGAUGUUUAAAUCUGUGGGAGGAAAUAUUUAUAUAAUCCAUUGUACAUAUUUUAAUUCUGCUUUAGACUGCCCUUUAUUAUUAAACUAUAUAAGUGAUGGUAAUUUUAUUUUCUUCACAAUCCUACCCUUGUAUUUUAGAGUAGUCUAAUCUAAAAUGACAUUGUACUCUAACGUUUGUGUACUGAUGUGUGAGUUCUAUGUUUAUCUUAGUUUCCAAUAAUAUAUAACUGACAUUCUAUUAUUUUAAUUACCAAAAUUAAUAUGAUAUCCAAUGGAGUCAUCUGUGCUUUUAAAGUCUGGCUUAUUAUUAGUAGAAAAUGUUUUUGUAAAUACUAUGUUUCUUUGUAUUGCAUGGCAUCCUUUAUUGAUGUCAAUUGAAAUAUUUUCUGUAUAGUAUGUUCUACUGCUACCAGUGCUAUUUCACUCGUGUACGCACCUUUAACCUCUUCAUUGAUGGAUAAUGAUUGUUUAUCAUGUGAAUAGGCAGAAAUGUACACGGGAUUCAAAUAACUGUUAGCAAAAUGUGCUAUAUGUCUGUUCUACAACUAGCUUUACAAAUACCAAGUUACUGCCCAGAUACGGACAAUUUUAAAGAGGUAUCCUACAAAUAACUGGGAUAAUGAACUUCUUCUCAGCAGUUCCAAAUGUAGACAAGCCUGAAAGGCACUGGAGUGUGCUAUGCUAAAAAGGGCUAAUGCCACAAGUCAGGUAUCCAUUAGCUGAUUUUAUAUAUGUUGCCAAAGGCAGGUUUUAUAGUAGAAGAGCUACCUUACUCCCUCCAGGAUAUGAAUGAGGUAAUCUUAAAAGGAAGCCAAUAUGGAAAAAAUUAUUUUUUAAAUUUUUUUUUUUUUUAUCAAUAUGCACUAAUUUGCAAAAUUUAAUGGAUCUAGGACUGGAGUUUAUUUCCUUUAGGCCACUUUUGAUGACCUCAUUCUCCUUAAGCGUAAGUCAGUACCCCUUGUGUAAGCAGUUGAUCCUGAAUUCUACACAUAACUGUCCAUAAAGUUACACAGACUGACUUCUAUCUGUAGAAUUCAGGAACAACAAAACCGCAAAAAAAGUUAGACCGGUAUGCUUAUAGGCAUUGCAACCUAUCAAAAGUUAAAGGGACACUAUAGUCAGCAGAGCAACUACAGCCUAAUGUAGUUGUUCUGGUGUCUACAGUCUGUCCCUGCAGCCUUUCAAUGCAAACACUGUGUUUUUAAAGGAAAAUGAUGUGUUUACAUUGCUGCCUAGGAACACCCCUAUAAGGGCAUGCACUCCUGGGUCAGUGCUGCACAGUGCGAUGUUCAGAGUCUCCACUUUCUGCAUGGAGACACUGAACACUCCCCAUAGAGAUACAUUGAUUCAAAGCUUCUCUAAAAGGAGAAGCUGAUUGGCUCAGCAAGAUGCUGCACAUGUGCAAUAGCCUCCCAAUGUUUUCCUAGUAAACUGAGUAAGCUACAUUUUUUAAGAAAGGCAAGGGGCUGGAGAGGCUGGGGCCUAAACUUUGUUUUUACAAAUAUAGUGUCAGGAAUACAUGUGUGCUUUCCUGGCACUAUAGCUUAGCGUUCCUUUAAGCGGUAAUGAUAAAUCCACAUUAUAUAAAGUAUUUAAGGGACACUGUGUGGGAGAAAUAAGAAAGGUAUAAAGUGCUGGUAAAAUGCCAUUCAUUCCAUUUUAUUUUUAUUUUAUUUCUUUGUCCGUUGUAAAGCCAACAUUUUGUCUACACAUGAUCAUCUAUAUAUUUAUAAAAUAUAAUGGGAAAAAUACACAUGGUUCUAAGUUUAAUGAACUGACUAGUUGGUAGAGUCUAUACCAAGCGUGUCCAAAAGGUAGAUCCCCAAAUGUUUUAAAACUACAACUUCCAUAAUGCUAUGUCAUUCUAAAGGUAUGCAAAGCAUCAUGGGAGUUGUAGUUCGACAACAUCUGGGGAUCUAUCUUUUGGGCACCCCUGCUCUAUACACUGUAUAUAGUAGAUCAAAUAUAUUACAAUUAAACCCCUUUCUGGUGUUUGUUCUCUCUCACUCAGGGCUCUUUACACUGUUGGUGGAGGAUUUUGGUAAGUUAGUUGCUUGCUUAAUGAAAUAUCAUUGGUAAAUCUGAGAACAUAUAUUUGGCUGGGAGACAUACAGGGAAAUAUGCAUUAUAUUUCUUAACAAGGGAGUUGGGUAAAGGCUUGGAAUGAAGAUUUUUGGGGAUUUAUUGUUUUGAAGAACCAGUGAAAUUUCUCUCUCCCAGGUGUAAAGGGAGUCCAGGUGGAAGAAAUCUAUGACCUGCAAAGCAAGUGCCCAGGGUAUGGCUUUGUAUUACCUCUCCAAUCAUUGAUUUAUUCAUUUUAUGUAUUCACAGUCUUUCUUGUAUCUUAUUACAUACACUUACUUUCUCUCCAUCACUUUCCACCUCCAGGCCUGUGUAUGGCUUCAUAUUCCUGUUUAAAUGGAUUGAGGAGCGUCGCUCCCGCAGGAAAGUCUCCACUCUGCUGGAUGACACCUCCGUCAUGGAAGAUGAGGUUGUUAAUAACAUGUUCUUCGCACAUCAGGUAUAACCAAUCACAAAUGAACACAUUAUUGGUAGUGGCAAACAGUGCAUCUGUCAUUAUUCAAGAUUCUCACACUUUCUCCAUCAUUUUCUUCAGCUGAUUCCUAAUUCGUGUGCCACUCAUGCUCUUCUGAGUGUAUUGCUGAACUGUAGUGGGGUUCACCUCGGGCCCACACUGAGCAGAAUAAAGGAUUUCACCAAAGGCUUCAGCCCAGAGGUAACAAUGCCGUGCUUUAUAGUUUAUAAAACCUCUAUAGUUUACAAAAAUAAACUCUGGUAAACUUUACUUUCGAUAAUAUUUUUCUGAUAAGUUCUUUUAAAAGUUUAAUUUAUUUAUUUUUAUUUUUUUUAAAUAUCUGAGGUGUAAGUUUCCAGUAUGUGAAAUUGUGUAUCAAUUAAAGGGACACUAUAGACACCAAAUCAUCUUUAGCUUAAUUAAGCUGCUUGGGUGUAUAGAUCAUGCCCCUGCAGUCUCAUUAUUUAAUUCUCUGCCAUGUAGGAGGUAAAUCACUAUUAUUUCGGUUUAUACAGCCCUAGCUACACCUCUCUAGGUGCUUUUAAUUGAGUUUCAGAAAGAGUGGCGUGCCGCCCGGCAGGGGAAUCACUGAUCGGCUAGAAUGGUCAUUUUUAUAAAAUAUAUAUAUAUAUAUUUUUUUUUAAAUGCCCCUUUUUGCAAUGGAAUGCGCAACAACUGACCUAUGUAGACAAAACACUGAAACACGUUGGUUGGGGUGGUAGGCAGGCGCUGCAUCUACUUGUUGUUUUGUAAAUAAUUCUGGUCUCUCCCUCAGAGUAAAGGAUAUGCAAUUGGAAAUGCUCCAGAACUAGCAAGAGCUCACAACAGUCAUGCCAGGUAGGUCCAUGACACAGUGGGCAGCAGCGAUGGAAAUUGGAAUUGUGCAUGUAUUUGUGUAGGUAGCAAUCAUCCUUUCACUGUAGAAGAGCUACUUUAGAGCUCAUUUGCUUGUACUAAUUCAGUCCACUUACCUGCAAAAUGGAUGGCACCGGGAUUUAUCUUGUCUAAAUCUCUUCCUUUUUUGAAACAUUUUUUUGAGAAUCUUUAUUUAAAGUUUUUCAAUACCAUGGGCCGUAAAAGAAACCUAGUAGAAAAUCGAGCCAUCACAAAGUGGUCUUAAACUUAGCAGAGAGAGACAUAUCAUGAAAACAAUAUGUUGGUGGUGUAUUCUAUAAACUGGUCAACAGGCCCCAUCAGAAUUGUCAGGAACGUUGUUUGUACAUUAGAACAAAAUACAAUUAGAAUGGCGAAAGCGAAACAAAAAAAGAAGGAAGAGGUUGCUUUCCCCAAUCAUGCUCCAGCAACACCACCCAUGAGUACUUCCCAGUGAGCACACCAAAACCAGGGGUUAUCCCAUUCCGGUUAGGAGAUUCUCAGACAAUGGGGAGAAGGAAGGGAUGGAAGAGGGCCCCCUAAUCAGAAUGUUUAAAACUGUUACUUAAUAGAGAUGUUAUCUCAACUUUAGAUGCCAUUAUUUCUUCCACCCUAGACAGAAAUUGCUGUAAAUCUCUGUUCUGUUACCCUCAGACCAGAACCUAGACACCUCCCUGAGAAGCAGAAUGGAAUCAGUGCCGUCCGCACCAUGGAGGCAUUUCACUUUGUCAGCUACGUACCAAUUAAAGGUCGACUUUUUGAACUGGAUGGACUGAAAGUUUACCCCAUUGACCAUGGUAAGAAUUACACAACAUAGUGAUUCACAUUAUCUUGUUACGCUCUUCAUUCAAGCUUUCAUUAGAUCUAUUUUGUAUUACUUUUUUUUUACUUUUUGUGUUUCUUUUAAUAAUAUAUAUAUUUUUUCUUUUGUAUUUGUGUUGGUGGUGGUGGUUGUUGGGUUUUUUUUUUUUUUUUUGGACACUUUGGGUUUUAGUUCAAAUAUUAACUCUUUUUUUUUUUUUUUUAUUUAUUUAUUUAUUUUUAUUGUGUGUUAAUUUAGCCAGUUGGUAUUUUAAAGGGGAACUGUCACCUCCCAGGAUUUUUAAUAUUCUAUUUAUUUAUUUAUCUCGUGUAUUUAACAAAUAUUUGUGGACUGAAAUGUAAAGCGAAAGGGACACUUGAGUCCCCUAAAGCACCUCUGGUUCAAAUCCAGAAAUUACCCUUAGUGAGUCAUGUCCCAGUGCUGUAUGAGAAGCAUCUAACCAUCUUAUUGGACUCAAGUCAUCAGGAUUGAUGACGUCAUGUAAGGAGAAUGGAUGUUGCAGGAAAGAGACUCUCCUGGUGCUGGAAAAAAGUUGUUUAAUAAUUUCUUUUUAUUAAUUUUUUUUAAAUGAUGAAAUGGGGUUCCCAGUAAUUUUAAAAACAUUAAAGAGCACAAUUUAAAAUACUAAUAAAUAAAUAUAUUAAUAUAAUAAAUGAUGCUAGUUCCUUACAGUUGUUAAGUUGUUCUACACAGAGCUAGUCUAUAUGGAUUUAGUGACUAAAGAAUAUGAAAGGGAUUUGAAUAUUUUAGAACAAAAUAGCACUGCUGUAAUUAAAGUGGAGUUAGAUGUUUUUUCCCAAUUAAGCUAAUUGUCAAUUCUGAUAAAUGCCUGUGUCCUUUUAUACAUUUUUUUUCCCCCUCCCUCAGGUCCGUGGGCUGAGGAUGAGGAGUGGACAGACAAGGCUCGUAGAGUUAUAAUGGAAAGGAUUGGACUUGCUACUGCAGGGUAAGCGCACAUGAAAUAGAUCGAUGGGUGAUAUUAUAGUUUGUAUGCCUCAGAGUGUGACCCAAAUUUGUUGUGGUUAUGCAGGGAGCCAUAUCAUGAUAUUCGUUUUAACCUGAUGGCAGUGGUACCUGACAGAAGACUGAAAUAUGAGAGUAAACUUCAUAUCCUGAAAAUGAACAGACAAACUGUGUUGGAAGCUUUGCAGCAGGUAUCUUAGACCUAAUCUUUCAAGUUGAGACCUACUUAAUACGGGAUUUUGUUUGUCUCAUAGAUAGUGGCAAUGCCACCCCAUGGAAUCUGUUGGUACAGAGAGAAUAUUCUUUAAGAAGCUUCCUCUUCAAUGGAAGAGUGACCGGUAAAAUCUCUGUUAACCAAACAUGUCAGAGUUGAGUGGAAUUUUUAUGAAAUUUUGCUUGAUGCUCACGUGGGGAAAAUAUUCCUGUCUUGUUUCCCAAAAUUGAGCAAUUUGGCCCGUUUUCAAUUCAUUUGAUCACUGAGCUUGCCAGUGUCCAUGAUUAAGAAGAACCUGUUGAGUUUUCUUGUCAGGUUGAUCCUGAUUUAACCUAAAGAUUAUCAGAAGAUGAGCUCUUCGUGGAGGAAAAGUAUUUUUUUACACUCUUUAAUCACUUACUCAAUCUCUCUCCUACUGCAGCUGAUCAGAGUGACUCAGCCAGAGUUGAUUCAGCCCCAGAAGACCACAGAUUGUCCUGAAGAAACAAAAAUCAAUGCUGUGAAUUCUGCUGCCUGCCCAGAAAACCCACGCACGAACCUUAGUUCCCAGCGGAAUGUCACUGGUACGGAGAUCAUACACUUGUCCACCAUACAUGCAGCAGGAGAAAAGGAUAUAUUAUUUUUAUUUACGUCUUUUAUUAUUUUUUUCUUUCUAGAUUCGGCUGCAGAAGUAACAGGAGCCGUCACUCGAAGCUCUGUCCUUAACGCUUACAGUAAAUCAAAUGUGCCACCUCAGAAUGGAGGUCCAACUCCUGCCCCAGCUCCCCGUCUCCCUGCCUUUCUGGAUAACCACAACUAUGCCAAGUCACCAAUGCAGGUGAGGUAGAAUUGGAAUUGAAUUUCAGUGAGUAAGUAAAUAUCUAGCAGUCUGGAGACUUUUUUGUCAAAGUCUAGAGGUGUCCUUCUUAGUAAGCAUACUUGUGUGGGAGUUGCUGGUAACUGGAUACUGUGUUGAAAGGUGCUAUUGAGACCCACUGUAGAAGUUGUAGGUAGUUGUGAUAUUUGUGAGAUGUUGGUUUUACAUAGAGUGGGGAGGUAUAUGGAUUACUUGCUUUGGAACCUGCAGGCUCUCAUAUAAAGUUUCCUUAUAUGCUGCAAAGAACCUAGACUGCGAAUUCUCACUGAACAAGGAAGUGACUAAUUUAACCGUCUCUGUGAUUAGUUAGGUUAUCCCAUAAUCACGGCUUUAACAGCACAGUAUGGGUUACUGGGAGUUGUAGUUCCUUGUCAGCUGAAACUUGUCUAUAGCAACACAAAGGGAAGAACAGCAGGUUGCAUGAUGCAAAAUUAGUAUUUGCUUUAAAACAAAAUGAUGAUUUAAAAAGAACAGCCCUCAUAAUUAACUGUAGCCUAAUGUACACAUUGUGCCUAACUUGAAUAAUAACCUGAUGUUUUAAAUGAAUUCCUCUAUUUCCCAACAAAUAUGACCGCACACCCUAAGACUAAUGAAGCAUAAAAAGACCAGAAAAUUUGAUAUUUAUGGAAGAAUAAAAUCUAUAUAUUCUAGCAUUGGUCUAAACUGUCAUUCCUCCCCAAUUCCCUAUUUAGUGAAUACAUCCUUAUGGCGCAUAUCUUUCAGACGAAAUGGCCAUAGUUUCUAAAUGAAUGCCUUUGGAAUAUCUACUAACCUCAAGUGAACGGGAGUUGAACCAUUUCCUAUUAGAGCAUGACACCAUGUUGUGCUGCCAACUGUAAAUUAACAAAUAUUUUUAACACCAUGUAAAUACACAGAUUCAUAUUUGGAUCUAAUAUUGUUGGUACUGCUACCUUUAAAGGGACAUGCUUUAUGGUUUUAAAUCUUGUGUCUAAGGUUGGUUUUUGGUGAUGGGAGUUUUCCGAGGUUUAUAUUUAUUUCUAAAGGUAUGAAACAAGGACAAGGGUAAUUUUAUAGUGACUUAUUGUCUUUUUAAAAAAAAAUUUUUUAAUGGGUUUUCUAGUGUGUUUCAGAAUUAUAUUUGUUGUAAAUUUUUAUUACAGGAGGAGGAGGACUUGGCAGCUGGGGUUGGUCGUUCACGGGGUGCGCCACCACCACCACCAUGUCCAGACUCUGAUGAUGAGGAGGAGGAGGAGGAGGAAACUGAGAGCACAAGGAGACCUCCACCUCCGUCUGGGUAUGCCUAAAUAUUUUUCUAGCCAUUUUCAAUAAUAAAUGCUGAAAUUAGAGUCUUUGAUAUCUUCCUAUCUCCACAGAUUCAAGACAAAAAGUUCUGAGUCUUUGGCCCCGCCAUCUGGACCUGAACUCCCUCCAAAUGUCCUGGCAGAGAGAUUAAAGGAAACCCAGAGAGAUCUUUGCUCCCCCUUAUCUAUAAAGACAGGAGCCCCUGCUGCCCCUCACUCGCAGCCUUCUCCAACUCCCAGCAAUGAAAGCACAGACACUGCUUCUGAAAUUGGCAGUGCAUUCAACUCCCCACUGCGUUCCCCUUUGAGAUCUGCCAAUCCCACACGACCCUCCAGUCCUGUUACCUCCCACCUCUCAAAAGUUCUAUUUGGAGAAGAAGAACCUCUCUCUCGUUUGGACUGUGUGCGCUACAACCGGGCAGUUCGGGAUUUGGGUCCUCAUAUUGGCACUGGGAUUCUGCAUCUCAGCAGGGAUGGGCACUUGUGUCCACUCAGCAGACUCGGUAUGGAGGGGCAGAAAAAGGAGAGAAGCAAGGGAGGGAUGCCUCUGAAUCAAGGUGUGACUUUAUAGAUUACUUUGCUAGUGGCUAGAGAGUUGUAAUGGAAAUUCAAUGACUGCAGCAAGGAGAAAUCCACUUUAACUUGUUUUUACAUAUCUCUAAAUACUUCCUAAAUUAGGAGGGUUUAUGGCAUGUUAAAGUAGAAUUGUCAAUUUUGUCAGCAUUUUAUUUCUUUUCUUCCCCAGAGCCUUCUAAGACCUCUCCAAAAAGCAGCAAAGCUGAGGAAGGACGAGAGAGUGCAGAAUCAGAUGCAGAGCGUUGCAGAGUUGUUGAGGCUCCCCAAGGGGAGAAGUUUUCUCCCAAGGUAAGGAAGUGAAAGCCAGAUCCACAGAAUGCAAAUGGAAUCAUUUGUCUGCCAGGCUGUACUUCUAAAGUGUAAUGAACUUGGUGAGGAGACUCCCCUGCCGUUAGGACCACAGUUCAAUUUAUCAAGAAAUGAACUGUGAUAGUAUUGUUGCUGACACUUGAGGGCUUAUUCACUAAAUACUGAGUCACAUUGCAUUGAAAAUCAGAUUACAAAAUGUUGGCUACAAUAGCGGAUUUGGAAAAACUCGCCAACUUGGUUAUUUUGGCCUAAAUUUUACAAUUCAGGUUUUAAUGCAAAAUAAUGCUAUGUUCAUUGAAUACACCUCUAAUUGUUAGCAGCUUACCCUAACCUCUGCUGAAAAGCCAGUUCACAACCCUAAAUGUGGGGUUUAAUUAAAUCCGUAACAAAGCUUUAUCCCCAAUCAUAUGUGCUUACUGCUCUAUUCCAAAAGCCCUUCUAAUUUAUAGAUGUGACUGGUUGGUAUUGGUGAGGGGUGUCAUUGUGUGAUUGCACUAUAUUAUAGUUUAGCUUUUUUUUUUACCUUCAUUGCUCAUGCAUGCCUUUUUGUAUUAUUAUAGUUAAAGGGACACUAUAGUCACUAGAACAACUACAGCUUAAUGUAGUUGUUCUGGUGAAUAUAAUCAUUAUAUGAAGGCAUUUUCAUGCAAACACUGCCUUUUCAGAAAAAAAAGGCAGUGUUUACAUGGCCCCAGGGACACCUCCAAGUGGCCACUCCUCAGAUGGCCACUGGAGGUGCUUCCUGGCUUAGUGCUGCACAGUAGGCAGCAGUGCCAUUAAGCGUCUCCACGCUCUGCAUGGGGAAGCUGAAUUUUCCUCAUAUAGAUGCAUUAAUUCAAUGCAUCUCUAUGAAGAGGUUCUGAUUGACCAAAAUUGUGUUUGGUCCAGCCCCCUUGCCGAUUUUAGCCAAUCCAAUGCUUUCCCCAUGGGAAAGCAUUGGAUUGGCUAAAAAUUGGUAAUUCUGAUGUCACCAAGGGCUAGGCCAGCGCCAGCAGACCUGCACAGCAUUAGAAAGGGUAGUUUUUUUAAAUUAAACUUUUAAGGGGGAGCAAGCCACCUAAAUGGUGGAUUAAACACUGUAUGGUCAGGAAUACAUGUUUGUGUUCCUUUAAGUAGAAUGAUGGCAGACUGGUGGGUGGUGGUUACUGUAUUUUGGUGUUGGCGGAAAAGGCUUUAUAAAUCAUAGAUGUCAAACUGCCUACUAGUUUUCUAAUCCUUUUUGUUUGUUUGUUAAAAAGAAAACUUGCAAGUAUUGUAAUACUGAGCGAUAUUGUACACCUUGUAAUGAAAUCCUUUUCCCAUACUUUUCCACUUAAGGAGCUUCUUGCCUUGCUGAAAUGUGUUGAAGCUGAAAUUUCUGCAUCUGAAACAUGUCUGAGAGAAGAGUUGGAAAAACGCAAGAAAUUCAAGGUGAAGUUCAUAAUCUUCUCCACAUUGCUUUUAGUCUCUUAAUUUUUAUCCAAUUUCUCAAUUCUUCUACUUUUCUCUGGUGCAUCUUUUAGAUUGAUGACCAACGAAGGACCCAUAACUAUGAUGAAUUUAUCUGUGCAUUUAUCUCGAUGCUUGCUCAAGAAGGUGAGUGAAUCAUACAAAGUAAGGAACUUGCAGGACAUGUGUUGCAGUUGUAAUAUAUAUUUAUAUCUGUUCUUUUUCUGUAGGAAUGUUGGCGAGUCUUGUGGAACAGAACAUUUCCGUAAGGAGACGACAGGGAGUCAGCAUUGGGCGCCUGCACAAGCAAAGGAAGCCAGACAGACGCAAACGAUCACGACCUUAUAAGGCUAAGCGCCAAUAAAUGUGUUAUUUAUAUAUUUGAAGGUUUCCCCAACUCUGUAAUACGGUAUAUAGGUUAUUCCUGCCUUCAUACAGUUUUAUAAAUAGUGAGGUUAUCCCCUUGCCAAUGUAUAUGAUGUACAUAAAUACCAGUUUUUAUACCCCCUUAUACAUACCUGAAUACAUGUUCUAUGUCAUACAGUGGAUUAUAUAUGCCCUUUCCCUCUUGCAUCAUGUGAACUCGCCUUGCAGGAUUUACUCCUAUUUAUUCUGUAUUGCCAGUUCUUGUGACCUGGUAAUGCCCAUCUAGAGACAGAUGUUAUGUUCUGUUAUUGGUGCUGGGUGUCUGCUAAGUCUAGAUCACCAUUGCUAGUUUUGCACUGUGGGCGGGUCCCAUCUUAAUGACUGUAAGUUAAAACUGACUUUUCCCUUUAAUUGUCCUGAAUUUCAUAUUGCCUUGAGGAACACACCAUGGCACUAUUUAAACUUACAACUUGUCUUGACAUAAUAAACACUGUAAAACAGUAUUGUCUUGUAGUGUGUUGUGCAUGUGCAACAUAGUAGAGUUGAUUACAUGAUACAUUAAAGAUCUGUGAC